UUCUCCUUGAAGAAGAUAAAUAUUGUGAGCUUCCGGCCUUCUAGAAAGCCUUCAGUGUCGCCCUAUCCUCUCCUCACCUGCACAUCUUUGAGUCUGUGGUAGGAAGUUAGUUUGACAUGGACGACUAUUUCAGAUCAUGUGCGGAAAGGGCCCGGACAGACGAUAGUUGCUGGUCACGGCGUCGAGUUUACGUCAAUUCCAUCCUGUGUUUUGCUUUUCUCUAUGGAUUCUACCUCUUGUUCAAUAUCGCGGGUGCCAGGUACGUCUUGCUCCGCUUGGUGACUCCUGCACUCACAGACGCAGAUGAGCGUGAUGUUCCUAACUCACAAGAAAGGCUAUUUUUCUCUGCUGUGGGCUUGUGUGUCAUUGCCGUGGUUGUUGCUUUUCAUCUGCUCGUGAGAGAAUCGUCCCACAGGGAGACAAGCGAAACCCAUGGACACGAAACUGGCAUACAAUGUGACGGAAGUUCAAGCAUCUCAUUAGCCGUGGACGAUGUCAUUCUGGGCGAAGAAAAUACCAAGGAGAGCACAGACAACUCGUCUGACAAAAAUGUUGUUUGUUUAGGCUGUGACGUAAUUUUGGCACAUGUCAAGGCAGAGAUAGCUGGGACUGAACCAAUUCCACGGAAAUCUGCCAGCGAAGAUCUUGUUUGCAAAAUGAGAUUUGAACGCAAGAACGGUUGCCCCGCCAUGGACGACAAUCGCAUCAAAGAACAAGAAGGGCCAGACAAAAGUUCCCAUGUGGCACAUUCGGUGACCGAUUUACAAGGUACUGCACAACAGAAUACGAGUGAGAGCAGCGUCCAGACUGAUGGUUUGGGCCUCCACGAAACGACAGUGUCAGUGACAGAGACAUCUUUUUGCUCUAUAGCCACCAUGACGGAGGUACCGGAGAUGGUUGACGCUGCAGUCAAUACGCAGCAACUGCGCUAUAAAUCCUUCAGAAAUAGUGGCACUUCAACAUCGGGCCCGUUCCUGAAGAAGCUGAGACGAGCCCAGCGCCUGCUACACGAAGCCAGGUGGAGAACAGCACGAGACAGGAAGAGAAAGAUUCUGGAAUGGCGUGCUAUCAUGGGCAGAUACCAGGAGAAACUCCUGAGGUUGACCCAGAGUCUGAUCAGCAAGGACCACUUGAUUGGCUACACUGUCUCGACAAGAAAACUUUCUGAAGAAGAGGUCAAAGUCAUUCGCACCACUGUCAGAUUUUCCCAGGACAAACUGGAAAGUCAGCAGAAAAUGAACAAGAAACUUGAGACAAACAUUGAAGAGAAAUCCACAGCAACAGCAAACUUAGAGCAAGAGAACUGACGGGCCAUCGGAACAUGCCCAGUUGGUUCCUCCCACAAAUAUUCCAAUGCCAUUAAAAAACAUUCAAUAAACGUACCCAUUUCACAACAC